CAUGUGUGGCAUAAAGAAAGAGGGAAAAGGAGAAGGAAAAGAGAGAAAUCCACAGAGAGAGAGGAGGAGGAGGAAGAGAGAAAGAGAGAAGUGACAUCACAUCUCCCAGCCUCUCUCUCCCUCUCUCUUCUGGCACCUUUGCUCCACUUCUCGCCGAGGAGGCGCACGCACAGUUCCUCGCUCUCUCCUUCGUCGGUCGUAGAGACAAAAAGGGGGCUGGACGGGCACAGAAAACGGGAAAAGGAAAAGCCAAACAAUUUUUUGACAGGAUGAACAACAGUUUCCUAAACAUGGCGUCGAUAGGCGACUUCGACCCGCUCAACGCGUCUAUUCCUGCCACCAAAGUUGAAAUCACAGUGUCCUGCAGAAACCUGCUGGACAGAGACACAUUCUCCAAAUCAGACCCAAUUUGUGUUCUCUAUACACAAGGCAUGGGCAACAAGGAGUGGAGAGAGUUUGGGAGAACAGAGGUGAUUGACAACACGCUAAACCCAGACUUUGUGCGGAAAUUCAUUUUGGACUACUUCUUUGAAGAGCGACAGAACCUCAGAUUUGACUUGUAUGAUGUUGACUCCAAGAGCGCCAACCUGUCAAAACACGAUUUCCUAGGCCAGGCCUACUGUACACUCGGAGAGGUGGUCGGCUCGCUCGGCAGUCGCUUGGAAAAAGCUCUAGGAGGGAUCCCAGGGAAGAAAUGCGGGACCAUUAUUGUGAAGGCGGAGGAGUUGAACAACUGCAGGGAGUCAGUGAUGAUGCAGUUCUGUGGGAACAAGUUGGACAAGAAGGAUUUCUUCGGCAAGUCCGACCCAUUCCUGGUCUUCUACAGGAGCAACGAGGACGGCACGUUUACCAUCUGCCACAAAACAGAGGUGGUGAAGAACACAUUGAACCCAGUGUGGCAGGCCUUUAAGAUCCCCGUCCGGGCUCUUUGUAAUGGUGAUUAUGACAGAACAAUCAAGGUGGAGGUGUAUGACUGGGACAGAGAUGGCAGUAGUCAUGACUUUAUUGGAGAGUUCAGCACCAGCUACAGAGAACUGUCCAGAGGGCAGAGCCAGUUCAAUGUCUAUGAGGUGGUAAAUCCAAAGAAGAAAGGGAAGAAGAAAAAAUACCUGAACUCUGGAACGGUAACACUGCUGUCAUUCCUGGUGGACAUUGAAGUCACCUUCCUGGACUACAUCAAAGGAGGGACCCAGAUUAACUUCACCGUGGCCAUUGAUUUCACAGCUUCCAAUGGUAACCCAGCCCAGCCCACCUCACUCCACUACAUGAGUCCCUACCAGCUAAAUGCCUAUGCCAUGGCCCUGAAGGCAGUAGGGGAGAUCAUCCAGGACUACGACAGUGACAAGAUGUUCCCUGCACUGGGCUUUGGAGCCAAGCUACCGCCUGACGGACGGGUCUCCCACGAGUUUGCCUUGAAUGGGAAUCCUCAGAACCCGUACUGUGCAGGUAUAGAUGGUGUGAUGGAAGCCUACUACCAAAGUCUGAAGUCUGUUCAGCUCUAUGGACCCACCAACUUCUCCCCUGUCAUCAACCAUGUGGCCAGGUAUGCAGCUUCAGUAAAGGAUGGUUCCCAGUACUUUGUGCUCCUCAUCAUCACAGAUGGCGUCAUCUCAGAUAUGGCCCAGACUAAGGAGUCCAUCGUCAACGCCUCCUGUCUGCCGAUGUCAAUCAUCAUUGUGGGGGUAGGGCCUGCAGAGUUUGAUGCCAUGAUUGAGUUGGACGGCGAUGAAGUCAGAAUUUCAUCCAGAGGAAGAUAUGCUGAGAGAGAUAUUGUUCAGUUCGUCCCAUUCAGGGACUACAUCGACCGGACAGGGAACCACAUCCUGAGCAUGGCCCGGCUUGCCAAAGACGUCUUGGCCGAGAUCCCUGACCAGUUCCUCUCCUACAUGAGGACCCGUGGGAUCAAGCCGUCACCAGCACCACCACCCUAUACACCGCCAGGCCAACCCCUCCAAACCCAAAUAUGAGGAGCGAUGCGGAGAAAGGUUUUCAGAGUCAAGGGGUUGACUCAACUGACUUAAUGCGUGAAAUACUUCCAUUUCCUUAAAGCCGCUCUCCAUGCCUUGUCGUCGUGGAUCACAGUGGUCUUUCUUGUUGUCAGGAAGCUGCAUGUCGGGCUGAAAGAGUGAUGCUUUUGAGGGCCGGAAAAGCCAAUGAGAGUCUGUUUACUUCCACUGUCAAGCAUUCCUGUUAAAGUCUGGAUUUUUUAUUUUAUUUAAUUUUGCCUGGGAAACUUGGACAAGCGAGAGAAUCUGGAUUCAAGCUGGCAGUGAUCUAAUCUGCCUGAUCCACCUGAUGAAAGAAGGAUGGGAGGAAGAAAUGAAGGAAAGAUAAAAGGAGUGAGGGACCGGUCUUAAGAAAAAUUGUAAAGAGAAUGUCUCCAGACAAAACAAAGGAAUCACUUGAUCUUAAAUGAACACUAACUUCUCCUGUAAAUAACUGGACAUGUGUAACUUCUUAUCUCUCUGUCUCUUUCUCUCUCUCUCUCUCUCUCUCCAACUCACUCAUUGUUUACAGUAAACGCUAACAAGGAUUUUUACUGUUGAUACUUUUAUAUACACAUAGUUUCAGUAUGAAGCUUGUAAUAAUCUCGAAUUCUGUAAUACUCUAAUGUAAUUCUCUCUCUCUCUCUUUCUUUCCUCUCUCUCUCUCUCUCUCUCCCUCUCCCUCCCUCUCUCUCUCUCUCUCUCUCUCUCUCUCUCUCUCCUGGCAUGUGUGUCAGGUAGCAGCAGUGCAGGUCCUGGUAGCCCUUCUGUACUGUACCGUACCGUGCUGUACCGUACCGUACUGUAUUCUAGUGUUUGUAUUAACCUUUUGCAUGAGUGUAGCCUCAGUCAAGUGCAUGCAUUUAGUGGCCCUGCACUACCUCUUCUACCCAUCUGUCCAUCGGUGGGAGGAGUGUCUGUCUGCCUGUUUCUCUAUUCCUCACUUCACCUUGUCUGUCUGUCUGUCUGUCUGUCUGUCUGCACUGCUCUCAGGCCUGAGAAGUUUGUCUAUCUGUCUCCCUGAUACUGCUUCUCUUCCUGUCUAUCUGGCUCUUUCUCUCUUUCUUUUCUUUCUUUUAUUGCUCUGUCCCUUUUACUAGCUGUGUUUCCAUACAACUGUUUUUUUUGCCUGUUUUAGUAGAGGAGAUGAAUGAAAAAUAUAACAUAUUUAUGGGUUUUUAUGCAAAUACAAUGUCUUUUUUGUUCACCAGUGAUUACAGUUCACUGCAUAACAGUUAAUAUUAAUAUUAAUAUGUCAUAUUUGGGCAUUCUGAAAUGUAAAAUCCCAAUUUACCAGAAAUGUGACACCCUUGUAUAAAGUGUCCAUUGUCUUCAGAAUCCAAUAUGUGCAUUAUUAUCAUUAUUUCCAAGUGCAUUUGUUGUGUCUUUAGAGGAAACCAUGAAAUAUGGCCAACAAUAGCAACAAUUUAAGAUAUUUUUUUCUUUCUUUUUUACAUGUUAGAGGCCAAUUAGUUUGUUCUGGCCAAGAUAAUCAUCACGUCAUUUCUGUGUUUUUCAAUAUCAAAACUUUUUGCGUAGCCUUUAUUGACUGUUGAAUGGGAACAUAGCUAUUCUAUCUCUCUCUCUGUCUUUGUCCUCCAAACUGCCUUGGCAACAGGAUGCCCACGUGCCCAGGGGUUUCGCCUCAUUGUGUUGUCUAACACCCACAUCCCUGCCCUAUGUUUUAAAACGACAGCAGCUGCUCUCAAACAGAAAACUGUUUGAGCAAAAAGAGCCCAGUGGUCAAAAAUGCAGAGAAAAACAUACUUUCCCUAUGUUUGCUUUUUUAGUUCCAUUGUAUUUAAUUUUUUCUUUGGUAUGUAAUUUUUUAAUUGCACCUUUAGCUUUGAUAUAGCUUUUUAUAUGUUUGUUUCUAUGAUGUGUAUUUAUAUGUGCCAAUCAUGUAAAAGGAUGAUUUGUGUGAUUUCUGUCACUGACAAUGUCCAACAAGUUUCCAAUUUAACAUCGAAUGACCGUUUCUAAAUGACGUUUUGUGAAGAAUGAGAGGAUUUGUGUUGUGAUGAAAGUGUGUUUAGUUGAUGAGUGAUCAACAUAAUGUGAAUGAGAUUAGUCUGUUUAUAUGAAACAACAAGUUCUUUUGGAAUAACACAAGAUGGAAUGUUAAAAAAGUCCCUCUAAAAGUGGGAAUGAAGGAACAUAUAUUGGAAAACACAUCGAAGCACCAAAAAUGUGAGAGGUUAUUUUAGCAUUGCAGUGAUGUUAAAGCUUACAGUAUUUUUGUUGCAUCAAUACUUAAAGUGGUUUGCUUCCUGCUACCAAAACUUAUUCGACAAGCAUUUUUUUUAAUAGUAAACCUGAUGUUUGCAGAUUUACAUUCCAUUUUACACUAAGUCAAAUCAGACCAUAUCAAAGUGACGACACAGCAGACAGUUUAUAAUGGUCAGUAAUCAACUAUUUGUUUAAUACAUAAAAACAUUGUGUUAUUAAAAUACAUUAUUUAUGUAUUAAUGUGUAUUAUUAUAUAUUAUUGUAUAUUACUAUAUAUCUAAGUAUCCAAAUAUUUUUGGCUGUCCUAAUAAUUUGCAUAAUUUGCCAAAUACAUAAAUAGUAGUACAUUCUAUUUAACCCCUUAACUGAUUUUUUUUUUUUUUUUUUUUACCCCAUUUGUUUUUAAUAUUGCUGUCUUGUAUAACUGCUUGACAUUCCCAAGUUCAUCUUUCUUUUCUCAGAGUUGACACAUGUAUUACCAUUGUAGCAGAAUGCAGACAUGGCAGGACUAACUGUGUGAGAGUGUGUGUUUGCUCAGUGGGUGCAGUCACACUGUGUUCAAAGCGUUAGUCGGACACAUCAUUAGAACUACAGGUUGAAAUAAAGAGCUCAUUACUGCCUCCGCAGAUAUACUGUAAAACUCGCAUCCUCCUAACUGGAAGAAGUCCAACACCACAGGGGUCAGAGUUGGCUUUAUUUUUAUUUUUGUUGAUUUGAAGGGUAGAGAAGGAUUUUUUUGGGAGGUAGGACUACCUGCUUGGAGUUAGCUAAGUUUUUGAUAUUAGUCCAUGGUGACAAUUUGGCACAAAUCCCCUCAAUAGAAAUAUAAAACAUAAAUUGCUCAAUAGAAAGAUAAAAGCAAGACUUUUGCAUGAGCAAAACUAAUGGUUUAUUAUUACCUUGGUUUUUGUUACUCGAGCCAUUGGUCAGCAAAAUCUGUUAGCAAUGCAAACUACACAGCAAUAUCUAUCAAAAGUUUCCUAACAUUAGCUACCAGGUUAAUGGUCAUGCAGCACCAUAUUAAGUGCAUUUUAUUGUUUAUGAACUCAGUUUUGUAUUAUAAGGAAGAAUGUCUCAUUUCUUCUGUCAAAUGUAACAUCAUCUCAUUUUUAAGAUUAAAACAUGACCCACCAGAAAAGAUGUAACUCAAAGAGAGAUGUCAAGGUAAAUUAACUCACCUUUUUGACAACUUUUGUGUUGCUUCAAGCUCUUUUUUUCUAUUUCCCUGACAUUUUUUUAUUGAUAAUUGGCUGGUUGGAUUGAAAUCCAGGACACACAAACAGCCAACAGGAUGCCCCUGUCAUGCUAUUUGAACAGUAAACUACCUCCUGUUUCUAGUCAUGUUUUCUUUAGCAAAUCCUUUCAGGGUAGGAAAAUACAUCUCUUGCUACAUACUCAUUUCACAAAUUUUGUUGACAAGGCUUGUCAACCAGGGCAGGAUAUAGUAUGGAAGCAAAAAAAAAAAGAUCACGAGGUCUUGAAUUUUGUAAGCAACUGUAAAAUUUAAUUGAAAUUUAAAUUCUGGGUGAAUUUAAAGAAAAUUAUUGAAAUUUAUGCAGUUUAUAUUCUCCUCUUUGAAAAUGUAUAGGUACUUUCAAGUUUAUUUUGUUGGUGUUUUGUUUUUGUUUGAUUCCAGGGUUUACAAAAUCAGGCUGAGUAUUUUAAUGGUGCACAGGGCUAUUCAGAUUGUAUAUUGAAGUUGUCAAAUUCAGUUGGUAGUUUUUUGUUCUAAAAAGUUGAAUUAUUGGAUUAGAGCAAUUCAGACAGCAAAAUUCAAGAUGAAAAAUGUUUUUAGGUUACCAAUGGUAAUCAAUCAAGCCUGAAUGGAACUUAUCAGACUUCUGUCACAUCAGUCAUAUGUAUCAGAAAAAGAUGAAUGACUGAAAAUCAAAGGCAGUUUAAUUUUCUAUCUUAACUUUUGAGCCUAUAAAAAAAGAAACAUUUUUCAAAUUGCAAAGUUUUCAAUUUGAAAAAUGUUUCAACAUAUGCUUAUAUAUUUAAUUCUUUGCUUCCAUACCACAUGCACAAACACAAAUUACUGCCAUAGUAAUACAUGUGUGUUUGUGGUGGUCUGCUUUGGGUGGACAAAUAUACAUACACAUGAUUUUAUAUUACUUUUAAAUAUACAUUUUUUACUUUUUCAUCAUAGUGCAACAGCUAGCUAACCUUGCCAAGCUCCAUGGAGUCGCGAGUGUGUGUAUGUGUGUGUAUGCAUGCAUAUGUUUGAUAUAAUUAUACUUAGCGUGUGUGCACGGGUGUGUGUGUGUGUGCCAGUGAGGCACCUUUAUAAGAGUGUUUUAAUAGACCAUGUGAGGUGUUACACAUAAGAUCUUUGUUUACUAAAGCUAUCCAAAUAAUAUAUUGUAUGCUCGUCAUAUCUUCUUAACAACGUGCACUAUGUUUGCAUGUACAGUUUUACAAGGGAUGCACCAGUUCCUUUUGUUAAAAACUGAGUGUUUUGAAAUAUAAAAAAUCUAUAUGAAAAUUAACUGUACAAAAUGGCCUUAAAUCUUUCACUGAUUUUCUUGGAAUUGUGCGAUGCCUUCUUCAGAAAAAUGAAUUGUUUAAAAGAAUUAAUCGUGAUCUAUUUUGUGUCAGUGUUUAUAUUGCUUUCUAGUGUAUUUUCUUUGCACAAGUUCAAUGAUGAGAAAAAAAUUCUCUUGUACUUUUUUGAAACCGUGAUUAAUCAGAGAAAGCAUGGCUGAAGUACUGAUUGUCUGAUAAUACAUAUAAUAGAUGACUAUUUCUGUAUCGAACUAUGGAUUUUUAAAUAAAUAUUCAUAUUAAACACAA